AUGAAGUUGUUUACGGUCGCAGCGCUCGCCGCUAGCGCAGGAGCAUUCACAGACCUCCAAACAAACCUUCAAUCAGCCGUACAAACAGUCCUCCAGCACAGUGAAUCGCGGAAACCAAAUAUCCUCUUCGUGAUCACCGACGACCAAGACCUCCAGCUCGACUCAAUAAAUUACACACCCCUCAUCUCCAAACAUGUCCGCGAUCAAGGAACAUUCUUCACAAAUCACUUCGUCACAACAGCACUAUGCUGUCCAUCGCGCGUGAGUCUCUGGACAGGUCGCCAGGCCCACAACACAAACGUCACAGACGUGAAGCCGCCCUAUGGCGGAUAUCCGAAGUUCGUGGAACGCGGCUUCAACGACGACUUCUUGCCCAUCUGGCUCCAAGAUGCCGGGUAUGACACCUACUACACGGGGAAAAUGUUCAACGCGCAUACCGUGGACAAUUAUCAUUCUCCACACAUUAACGGAUUCAAUGGAUCUGAUUUCUUACUCGAUCCAUACACAUAUUCGUACCUGAAUUCGACCUAUCAGCGUAAUCGAGAUGCGCCCGUGAGUCACGAGGGUGAGCAUACCAUUGACGUGAUCACGCGCAAAGCCUUGGGCUUCUUGGACGACGCGCUUGAGGGCGACAGGCCAUUUUUCCUGGCUGUUUCGCCUGUCGCUCCACACUCGAAUGUGGACCCUGAUGCCAUUGAGGGAGGCAAGAUUUCCAUGACAUUGCCUAUCCCACUCAAGCGCCAUGAGGAUCUCUUCCAGGAUGUCAAGGUUCCUCGCCACGAGAACUUCAAUCCAGACCAGCCAAGUGGGGCCGGUUGGAUUCGCGAUCUGCCCAAGCAGAACCAAACGGUCGUUGAUUACAAUGAUCUAUUCUAUCGCUCUCGUUUGCAAGCCUUGCAGGGUGUUGAUGAAUUGGUGGAUUCUCUUGUCACUCGCCUUGAAGAGAGCGAUCAGGUGGAUAAUACUUAUAUUAUCUAUACUUCCGACAAUGGCUUCCAUAUCGGCCAGCACCGCCUGCCACCGGGAAAGACCUGUGGAUUCGAGGAGGAUAUCCGAGUGCCGUUGUUCAUCCGAGGUCCUGGUAUUCCCAAAGGCCAUGUUCAGGAUGCAGUGACUACGCACGUGGACCUGGCGCCCACUUUCUUCCAUCUGGCCGGUAUUCCUGCGAGGACAGACUUCGAUGGUAUCACGAUCCCCAUCACGCCUGAUUUUGAAGCCGAGAGACAUGAGCAUGUCACGGUAGAAUACUGGGGCUCCGCCGUUGCGGAGGGAGCAUUCAGUGGAAUUGGUCCGCAAGGGUCAACUCUGAUUCCAAAUAACACCUACAAAUCCGUUCGCCUUCUCGGGGAGGGCUACAACUUGUACUAUUCCGUAUGGUGCAACAACGAACACGAGCUCUACGACUUAUCGACGGAUCCCUACCAAGUUAACAACUUGUACCCAAAUUCACCCAUUGAAAGUAGCGAUAGUCCCCAAAUUCUGGGACGCAACCUGAACCAGGCGAUCAACCGGCUAGAUGCAUUGCUCAUGGUUCUAAAGUCCUGCCAAGGGAAGACUUGCAUUCAGCCCUGGGAUGUGUUGCAGCCAGUAGACAACGUGAGUACGCUCCGUGAUGCGCUGGUUGAGGAGUACGAUGACUUUUACGCCGCGCAACCUCAGGUUUCGUUUGACUGGUGUGGGGAGGGAUACAUCAUAGACGCCGAAGGGCCACAAGAUCCAUUAACGAGUCGAUAUGGUGUUUCCUGGGACGUUUGGGUUUAG